AACAUUUUUUUCUUUUGCUUUUAAUUUUAGUAAAAAAUCCCAGAAGUGGGAUGAAAUGAACAUCCUGGCGACAUAUCAUCCAGCAGACAAAGACUAUGGUUUAAUGAAAAUAGAUGAACCAAGCACUCCAUACCACCGUAUGAUAGGUGAUGAUGAAGAUGCAUUGAGUGAUUCAGAAACCACUGAAGCCCUGACCCCAGAUACAUUAGCUAAGAAAUUAGCUGCUGCUGAAGGCUCGGAGUCAAAGUAUCAGGUUCAUGUACAAGAAAGCAGUGAAGAUGAAGACAGUGACCUCUCACCUGAAGAACAAGAAAAAAAGCGACAGUUUGAAAUGAAAAGGAAGCUUCACUACAAUGAAGGACUGAAUAUGAAAUUAGCUAGGCAAUUAAUUUCAAAAGACCUACAUGAAGAUGAUGAAGAUGAAGAAAUGUUAGAGAGUGCAACUGGGGAAAGUAUGCAUAUGGAAGAAUCAAAUCAAGGAUCUACUACAGGUGACCAACUGCAAAACAAAUCACAAAGUUCAUAGAAGAGAUUUGUUCAACACUCAUUGUUGAUACAGACCCUGUUGCUAUACUUUACUGCUCUUGUUCUCUACAAUUCAUGACUUAAGUACCAAAAUGCAUACCAAUGUUGCCAAGAAUUAAAUAACUUUAGAGACUAAUUAGACUUGAAAAUGCCUAAUUGAUAUAUAUAUAUAUAUAUUCUUGUGCCUAGUACUUCACCACAAAUACAGCAUAAUAUCAUCAGUCCAAAACUGCAUUACUUUUUUAAGAACACUGGUUAAUUUGUAUAAGAUAUUACAUAGCUUUUUAUGCUUUAGAGGUUAAAUAAUAUCUUGGGAAGGGGGAGGGGAUUUAAUUUAUUUUCUUCACUUCUAGAUGUGAUAGCUCGUAUAAAAUUUUUUUAAGUCAAAAUCCAAUUGGAACAACAGAUUAUAUAGGCUGAUAAAUAUUCAAUCUGAAAAGUAUUUUAACACAUUUCAACUUGAUUUUUCUCUUUAAAUAAAAAAGAUUACAAGAAUUACUAUUGCAUUUUCUGGCCUACUACCUUUAAAAUUCCUUUUGAGUUUGUUUAUGUUUUCGGGAAAGGAUUAAACAUUUUCCUCACCAAAACUAGCUUUAUUCACAAAUAAAUUACCAGGUUAAACUUGCA